AUGUUAACAUUUGGCCCGAUUAACAUUUACGUACCGGGGUUCCCCGAUAAAAUACACUUACUAGGCGUGAACUCAACGAUCGAGCCCGAAUUGAAUGCGUUAAUUAAAAGCUAUAAGCCUGAAUUCCAGAAACGGAUCUCGUUCACCACGCAUAAAGAGUUGGACAAGGUGAUUGCGUUGAGUGAAUUGCCCGUGAAUGUAGGUGGUCAACGCAAAAAGCUUAACCGUUUACCCAAAAAUAUUCAAAGUGGUAAAUGUCUUAAACAUCUCGAUAAGAUACCAACCAAAGAUUGGAAGACAUUUACGAACACAAGCAUUGACUGCAUUACCGAAGGCAUGAAAGAGGCGAAUGCGGUUAAGCGACUCAAGGAUUCGCUUUCAAAACAUUAUGAAAAAGAUAAAGAUUUGAAAUCUAUUGAGAAGAGAAAUGCAGACUUUUUGCUCGAACGAUAUCUCGUGGCCACCAAUAAAUUUAUGACAUUUUAUUGCAGUCAACAUAGUGAAGCCGAGGCACUAAAGUGGUUGAUAAAGGCUAUUGAUUAUGGUAAAAAUAUGCAAGUUAUGACACACACUGAGCUUGACUAUCCAUCCGAGUUUUUCGCCACCGGUGCCGUCCAUUAUGUGGGCAAAUCACGGACCGGACAACCGGUUGUAUCCAUUUGUUUUCGCUGUAUUCGGCCGUUCACUCGUAUGAGUGCCGCAAUGUUAGACUUAGCGCAUAACUAUAUCCUUCAACGAUGUAAAACAGCACUCUUUGACGCCAAAGAGAAAAAUUUUCACGUCGUUAUCGACUUUACCGGUACUAAAGGCGAGAACAUUGAUUUUAGUGACUUUAUACCGGGCACUCCCGAUAAGAUACAUAUAAUAGGCCUAAAUCCAUUGCUUGAGGAGAUAGCUAAAUUACUCAAAGAAUUUAAGCCAGAUUUCAGGAAUCGCCUCUUGUUCACCAAUCAUAAGAAACUGAACAAAGUGAUCGCGUUGAGUGAAUUACCUGCGUGUGUAGGUGGCAAGGUGGGACGUAAAAAGGUGGGUCGUUUACCUAAAGGGUUUAAAAGUGGUAAAUGUCAUCAACAUCUCAAUAAGAUAACAAAUGAUGAUUGGCAGAAAUUGUUGGACACUAAUAUUGACUGCAUUGGUGAGGGAAUGCUAGAGGCGAAUGUGAAAACGGUCGACGAUUAUCUAAACACUAAAUGUAAAUAA